GGCCCCUGGAUUUGGGUCAGAUUUAUUUUCCACACGCUGACAUUUGAAUGUUCUACCAGUAAGUCUGCGGUAGUCGGUACUUCCGUGUGAAUGUAUUUCAGCAAUUGCUUGACUCCCAGAUUGUACGGCGUAUAUGUUCAAAGUAUGACAUAUUUGGCAAUAAAUUGCUUUGUUCUCCCAAAAGGAAUAGCUUGUUUCCAGGUUUAAUAUAAGUUUUCAACAGAUUACAAUCAUAAUUCACAUUACGGGAUGAGUCAGAAGACCCUGACGGCUUGUCAAGUAGUUCAUUAGGGUUGCCAUGACAACACACCAUGAGUUGGGUGUUUUAGGCGAUUCAAAUUUAUUGUCUUAGAAUUCUGGGGCCAGAAGUUCUGUAUUAUGGUGUCAGCAGUGUCGGCUUCUUUUGGACGCUACCCCGGAAAAAUCAGUCCCAUCUAUGUCUCCCACGCCUGGGGUGAAAGGAAGCGAUGCAGAAACCAGAGUGCCCGGGAGGCGUCCAGCUGAGACACAGAGCGGCAGGUAACUGUGAUCAAAGGACCUUAUCAAACCCACAGAUAAAACACAGAACUGCAGUUCAGCGAAGCACAUCCUCAUCAUCAGCCAGUUCUCCAGAGUCUGCAAGGAAGCUUCAUCCUCGGCCGAGUGACAAACUUAAUCCUAAAACAAUUAACCCGUUUGGGGACCAGUCACGAGCUCCUUCAGCCUUUGCCGCUGUCUACUCUAAAGGAGGCGUCCCCUGCAGGCUGGUGCAUGGCUCCGUGAAACACAGGUUACAGUGGGAGUGCCCUCCUGAAAGUCUUCCAUUCGAUCCUCUUCUUAUUACUUUGGCUGAGGGUCUGAGAGAGACCAGACACCCCUACACCUUCGUGUCCAAGGAGGGCUUCCGCGAGCUGCUCUUGGUCAGGGGCGCCCCUGAGAAGGCCGUGCCGCUGCUCCCUAGGCUCGUUCCUGUGCUCAGGGCCGCUCUGGUGCAUUCAGACGACGCAGUGUUUGAGAGAGGACUGGACGCCCUGGUGCAGCUAAGUGUUGUCGUCGGUCCCUCUCUCAACGGCCAUCUGAAGCACCUGCUCACCAGCCUUUCCAGGAGACUGAUGGACAAGAAAUUCAAAGAGCCCGUCACCAGUGCCUUGCAGAAGCUGGAGCAGCAUUGCGGGGGCGGAAGCCUUUUCGUCAUCAAAUCCAAAAUCCCGACCUACUGUUCCAUAUGCUGUUGAGUAAGAGCCCCCAGCAGUCCUCUUCCUGCCUGGGGACGUGCCCAGCACUGACCACAGGUACCUCGGAACCUCUCUUCAGUGCAUGCUCUUGUAAGGCACGGCCACUGUUCAUUGUUCACGAGGGUGGGGCCCCCCUCAGAGUAAACUGCUCAACACAGGGACCGAUCAGUAAUGGAGAACUAUUAAAACUUCUGUAAUACUGCAGUCUCAUGGGGUUUAUUUUUUAUGUUGUCACUGCUGCGUGAAGGACGGAGUUUACGAACUCGGAUGUGCUAUUUAUUUCCCGGCACCUUUUUACUUAUAUCACGCUCUUUGCAAUCCGUUUGUGGCUCUGCACUUUUUUAUGGAUAUUUUCCUGUUCCUAGGUUUUAUAUUUUAUAUCAAGGCUAUUGAAAUUUAAAUAAUGGACAUUUAUGAAUUCACUAUUGUUGUUUUUAAAUAUGUGUUUUAUAAUAGAGAAUUUUCUCCCAAGUAUUCUACUGUAAGAAAUUUCGUAAAUGUGUAAAUUCUGUUACACUUAUGUUGUUCAUUACGACUCAUUAAAACUACAUAAACUUUA